AUGUCCAUUUUUCGCCUUCUUUUAAUAAUUUUAUUUUUGUUAAUUUCAACAUUUGCUUCCCAACAAAAUUUAAAUAAUUCUAAACAAACAAAACGACAACUAAAAAUACUUGUAUAUUCACCUACUUUAAGCUGGAGUCAUGCUCAAUUUUUAGGGAAAAUUGCAGACACAUUAGUUGAUGCUGGCCAUGAAGUGCAUUUUCUAAAAUUUGUCAUGGACUUGGAUCUCAAAUAUAAAAACGAAACAUCUCGUGUAAAUCCAGCAUAUAAAUAUAUUGUUGAACCAACCUCAGAAAAUGCUGAAUUGUUGGAUGUUAAGAAGAAUUCAUUAGUUACAGAUUCUUUUGCAAACAGGAGACCUUUCCUAACCUUAUUUGGGCAUCAAAACGAUCCCAUUGGACCUAUGUUUGUAACUGCAUGUAAAGAGAUAUCAGUUCUGAUUCUCGUCGACCCUUCCUGUCCUGUCUCAAAUUUAAUCAUUAUAGAAACAAUCAAAGAACGCAAAUUGCUUCAAAAAUUAGAGGAAGAACAUUUUGAUGUUGGAAUAGGGGAAAAUUAUGAUCAUUGUGCUGCAGCUAUUUUCCACAAGAUUGGUGUACGUGUACAGAUUACAGCUUACGCUGUUCAAUUACUUCAUUGGAUUGCUCGAAAAUAUGAUAUUCCAACAUUUUCUAGCUACGUACCAAGUUUGUAUAUUAAACAAAAAUUAUUUCUAAAUCAAUUCUCAGAUAAUUUUGCACCAAGAUUAGGACUAGAAUCAUUCCAUAAUAGACUAAUAAAUUUUUACAAUGACUUUUACGAGUGGAUUUGGAUGCAUGAUCAUUUUAAACGACUACAAGAUCCCAUUAUUCGUGCAGAAUUUGGUGAAGAUUUUUUAGAUUUGAAUGUACUUCUUAAAAAAUCGUCUCUAGUAUUUAUCAACACAAAUCCAUUUAUAGACUUUCCUAGACCUAUUUCAAAUAAAAUCGUUUAUAUUGGGGGGCUUGUGCAAGAUUCAGCUCCUCCAGACAUCAAAAUACUUGAUAAAAGAACUGAAAAUAUAUUGGAUGAAGCUAGAGGAGGCGCUAUACUUUUUUCUUUUGGUUCAAUUACUGAUACUACAAAAAUUACAAAUAAUAUGAGAAAUUCAAUUUUAAAAGCAUUUAAACGGUUUCCUAAUGUUCAUUUCAUUUGGAAGUUGGAUCAGGAAACAAUAAAAAAUCAGUCAGAAUUGCUUAAAUCGUUUCCGAAUGUUUAUGCUUUUGAGUGGAUUCGCCAAACUGCAAUUUUAGCCCAUCCCAACCUUCGUGCAUUUAUCUCUCAUUGCGGCCAAAACAGUUUGACCGAGUCUGUAACCGCAGGCGUUCCAGUUAUUGGACUUCCUCUUUUUGCUGACCAAUUUUACAAUGCCGAUGUUGCUCAGAAGCUUGGUUUUGGAUUACAAAUUGAUGUUAAUGAUUUAAAUGGACCGAAUGCUGAAAGUAUAUUAUCUGAAACGAUAGAAAAGAUCCUCACAGACCCAUCAUUUCGUCAAAAAGCCCAAAUUAUAGCCAAAAAAGUUCAAUUAACUCCAUUUAAUCCAAAAGAAAGACUUGUAAAAUGGGUAGAAUUUGCAGCAGAAUUUAGCGAUUUAUCAGAACUUGAUUUACCGGGAGCUAAGGAAAUGAAUUGGGUUGUCUAUUAUUCAAUUGAUGUAAUUCUCUUCUCCAUUGUUUUUGUGUUUAUUUUAUUUUGGGUUGUAUGGAAAGUUUUAAAGAGGAUUUUAAUGGGACUAACUUCAAUCUAUUACUGCUCUACAUUUUCGAAAAACUCAAAGUUAGAGGAAAGAAGGAAACAAAAAUAA